AUGAAUACAUUGACUGCCAAUUUGCAUACUAUGCUUGUUACUUUUUAUCGCCCAACAGCAUCUCGUUUCAAGAUUCUGAUCGAGAAAAAGGCCUUUCCCUCAGAUCAUUAUGCUGUAACUUCGCAUCUUCAAUCACGCGGCAUUGACCCUGAGGUCGGGCUUUUAACUAUUGCACCUCGCUCAGGAGAACAUAUAUUGCGUACCGAGGACAUCAUUCAACUGAUUCAGGAUGACAAGGAAAUUGCUGUGGUCAUGUUGGCUGGUAUUCAAUACUACACAGGCCAAUUUUUUGAAAUCGAGAAGAUCACUAAAGCAGGACAUGAUGCUGGUUGUAUUGUCGGUUGGGAUCUUGCUCAUGCUGUGGGUAAUGUUCCUCUUCAGUUACAUGAUUGGAAUGUUGACUUUGCUUGUUGGUGUUCUUACAAGUACUUGAAUUCCGGUGCAGGUGGGAUUGCUGGCUUAUUCAUCCAUGAGAAAUACAAGAGUGAUGUUUCUAGACCAAGACUUGCCGGUUGGUGGGGACAUCAAAAAGAAAACCGUUUUGAAAUGCUUCCCGAAUUUGUGCCUAGUGAAGGUGCUUCAGGUUAUCAAGUAAGUAACCCUAGUAUCUUUACCACUGUUUCUUUGUUGGGAUCCCUUCAAAUCUUCGAAGCUGCUGGUGGUAUUCAAGCCUUGCGUCAGAAAUCGCUCUUAUUGACAGGCUAUCUUGAAAAGCUCUUGUUGAAUGAGCUUCAAACUGAAUUUGAAAAUGAUACAAUCCGAAUCUUGACACCCAGUGACCCUACACAGAGAGGAUGUCAGCUGUCGUUGGAAUUUCCGGAGUGUAUGAUGGAUGUCUUUGAUGCUCUCCAUGAGCGUGGCGUCAUUGUGGACGAACGUAAGCCUACUGUCAUCCGUGUAGCUCCUACUCCUCUUUACAAUACUUUUAAAGAUGUUUAUUGUUUUGUUAUGCAACUUAAAGAGGCAAUGAAACAAGUCUAUCAUUAA